AUGGAGGCCUGGAAAAAGCUCCUCUACCUCCACCAGCCGUUUCCUGAUAACUACACCGAUGUAUCAUUCCUUGACCAGCUAAAACGGAACACAACCGUUGCAAAAUAUUCAUACAAGAAGCUUUUCCAGGAUUUCUCGCUCAUUGGAUUGUAUGCCUCGUUGCUACUCUUGGUCAAUGUUAAUUUCACCGGCAUCUAUGCAAGUAUUUGGCUGCCGUACCUUCCUACGGUGAUAUCCAGUGGUUUGGCGCUUGUGUGUCUCGUGGCAGAUGCCCGACUGGGAUCAACACAUCAAUUUAGAGCGUACGUGGUGAUCUUAGUGCUUUUGCUUCUAGUGUCUCCAGUUUUGCGCUCAUUGAACGAGUCAACGUCGCUGGACUCCAUUUGGGCGGUUUCAACCAUCUUGACGGUUCUCAAUAUCAUUUGCCACGACUACUCUCUUGACGGAACUGGUAAUUACCGUUCCAUUCUCUCUACGAACAUGUCAUUUGCCAAUGGAAUCGUGCUUGCAUCGCGUCUUCUGUCUUCCAUGCGGGUCUUUUCCUUCUUGGUGUUCUCCAUAGAGGUUUCUAUUCUUGUUCCUUUAUUUGACUUCAGACUACGACAAAUUCUGACUAGGGCCAUUAUGUUUUAA